GCCACAGAGGAAGCAGCCACCCAACACACACACCUACACACACACGCAGACAGACAGAGUGCAGCGAGAGUUCAAGAGCGCCAGUGUGCUACAAUUAAGGAGAGGAGAGGUGGUGUUUUGGGGAACUAUCCUGUUUAUUCCUCCACUUUCUUUUUGGUCGGGACGCUGUUGCGCUAGUGUCAUACUUUUUAGUGACUUUUCAGUUUGCGUCAGCUAAUUGAGGAGUGACGCUGCGGUCCACGCGCUGCGCGAGAGGGAGCAGGACGCACACAGGGUUUGCAGCGACGGACAGAGUGAAAACGGAACAAGACCAUGCCACACACCAUGAGGAGAGAAGACUCUUUUCAUCAGAGUCUGGAUGAUGCUGGGGCUCUGUGCUGCGGGUCUGGCAGUAAUUAUGGCAGAAAAGGGAAGAGGAUUAAGGUGCUAUCCCAUCCAGGGGUCCCAUUAGUGGGAUUGAUGUUCUUGGCCACCCUCCCUUUUGGAACUAGCAUCAAACAAAGUGUCCCCCGGGUCAAACUCAGCCACAGAGAACUUCUGCAGGCUGGCAGUGUCUCUGUCUUUCUGGGCCCCUCCGAUGGGCUCCACUCCCACUCGCUGCUGCUGGAUGAGGAAAGAGGCCGUCUCCUUUUUGGGGCUCAAGAUCACAUCUACCUGCUUGACCCUGACAAUCUGACACGAGCUCCAAGAAAGAUUCACUGGCCUGCUUCCCGGGACCGAGUGGAAAUGUGCAGACUAGCAGGCAAGAUUACAAAUUUGGAGUGUGCCAACUUUGUCAGGGUUCUGCACAACUACAAUCGAACACAUGUCUAUGCCUGCGGGACGGGGGCCUUCCAUCCCAGCUGUGCUUUCAUUGAAAUCACUGGGCGCAGAGAGGAUGGCGUGUUCCAACUUCUCCCUACUACAGUUGAGUCUGGCAGAUUGAAAUGUCCUUUUGAUCCCUUGCAGCCAUUCACUUCAAUCCUCACAGAUCAGUACCUGUAUGCCGGCACAUCAUCAGAUUUCCUGGGCAAAGACACAACGUUCACACGCUCCCUCGGCCCUCCACCUGACCAGCACUAUAUACGCACAGAUAUCUCUGAAGACUACUGGAUCAAUGAGGCCAGGUUUAUAUCCGCUCACCCCAUCGCAGACACCUACAAUCCAGACGAUGAUAAGAUAUACUUUUUCUUCCGGGAGGUGUCGUGGGAAGGCAACGACAAGAGCAUCGUGUCCCGAGUGGCUCGUGUUUGCAAGAAUGAUGUUGGCGGGCUGAGGAGUCUGACAAAUAAAUGGACCACUUUUCUCAAAACCAGACUUGUGUGUUCAAUCCCCGGACCAGAUGGAGUGGACACACACUUUGAUGAGCUGCAGGAUGUUUUUCUGCUCCCUACCAGAGAUGAUAAAAACCCUAAAGUGUACGCAGUCUUCACUACCUCAAGCUCUGUUUUCCGGGGGUCAGCAGUGUGUGUAUACAGCAUGGCAGAUAUAAGGGCUGCAUUUAAUGGACCAUAUGCCCACAAGGAAGGGCCUGACCAUAAAUGGGUGGAAUAUGAAGGGAGGAUACCUUACCCACGACCUGGAACGUGUCCCAGUAAGACGUAUGAUCCCAGGAUCAAGACCACUAAAGAUUUCCCAGAUGAUGUGGUCAGUUUCAUCCGGUUCCACCCUCUCAUGUACCGCUCUGUCUACCCUUUGACUGGACGGCCGGUCUUCACAAGUGUCCGGGUGGACUACACCCUGACUCAGAUUGUGGUGGACAAAGUUAUGGCAGAGGAUGGGCAAUAUGAGGUCAUGUUCCUGGGAACAGAUGCUGGCUCCAUUCUGAAAGUAGUGAGCAUCACUCAGGAGAACUGGUCCACAGAAGAAGUGGUUCUAGAAGAACUUCAAGUUUUCCAGGUUCCCACCCUAAUCCUCAGCAUGGAGAUGUCUUCAAAGCAGCAACAGCUCUACGUGGGUUCAAGUCAAGGUCUGGCCCAGGUUUCUCUCAGCAGGUGUCACCUGUACGGUCAUGCCUGUGCUGAAUGCUGCCUGGCGCGAGACCCCUACUGCGCCUGGGAUGGACACACAUGCUCACGAUACAUCCCUGCAUCCAAGAGGCGAGCGAGAAGACAGGACAUCAAGCACGGAGAUCCGGCCAGUCAGUGCUGGGACACAGAGGACAGUUUUCUCGGGGAAAAGGCAGAAGAAAGAGUCCUUUUUGGGGUGCAAAGUAACUCCACCUUCCUCGAGUGCAUCCCCAAAUCCCAACAGGCCCAGAUCCGCUGGUACAAACAGAAACCUGGAUCUGAACGCAGGGAGGAGGUCCGGAUGGAUGAUCGUGUACUACACACUGACCGAGGGCUUCUCAUCCGCUUCCUUCACCCCUCUGAUGCUGGCGUCUACGUCUGCGUGGCUCAAGAGCACUCGCACUUCACACACACUCUCCUCCGUCUCACGCUUCAACUGGUUACACAGGGACAUCUGGAUGGGAGGCCUAAGCCCAGCGAGGAUCCCACAGCAGAGCAGCGUCUGGGAGCCGAGUCCCGGCAGCGUUACAAAGACUACUUGAGAGUGAUGAGCGCUCCCUUCGGCUCUCUGGAGGAGUACUGUGACUCGCUGUGGCUGGAGAAGAGGCCAUCCAGGGUGCGAGGAAAAGGCUUGGGAGCGGGCAAGUGGAAACAUAUUCAGGAAAUGAAAAAGAGCAGGAACAGGAGACACCACAGGGAGAGGGAAGACAAGUGGGAGAAGCAAGGGAGGGUAGUGAGGACGACGGAGAAGUGAAUGAAACUUUCAGAGUUGGCUGUCAGUGUGUGAAUAAUGAAGAUGGUGUGGCAUAGAAUGCAAAUUUGCAAUGACAAAUCAACUCAUGAGACGGCAAAGUCGAAAAGGGCACAACUUUAAGUAAAAGUAGUACUCUUCUCCAUAGAAAACUGAGUUCUAUGUGGUUGUGUAGAGGUGUUUUAGUUAGAAAUUUGUAUACCUUUCUUUGACUUUCUCUGCUUUUGACCAGAUGAAGGACUGAAUCGUGACUGUUUUUUUCUUUGAAGUGGCAAAUGUAACCAGACAGUACACACUUGUCGUUUUUAUAUGCGAGUAUUAGAUGAGAUUAAAAUGUGUUUUAAUUUUGAUACUAAAUCAUAGAGUCUUCUUGUGGGGAUAGGAAUGCGUUCAUGAUGAAAGACUGUAUAUAUAUUUUUUUUAUAACCUGUACAGAGGAUGUAGCAUGCUCAUUUAAGUCUUAUUACUAAUCUUUAUGACUCAAAUGAUAAUCAUGUAUUAUGUUUUAACUAACAAAAUGACUUAUUUUUGUACAAAUGUUUCCUUCCUUGUACUGUAGGUUUACUAAAUGUUUGCUCUAUUGCUGUUUUUGAAAAGUUAUUUAAAUAAAUUUGUCUUGGCGCUUCUGUUCCCUGAA